UGGGCGCACACUGUGUUCUGCCGUUAACGCACCGGGCGCAGAACAUUAUUUUCACACUUGCAGGAAACGCAUGCGCGCAGAAGAGAAACCAACCGGUUUGUAUCAAGUCGAGGCUGACGGAUGUGAUCGAGCCAAAAAAAAUCUCCUGCAUUCUGGCAUUCAUGGUGACACAUCCAUGGGCUCGGAGCGGGUGGAGAUGCGUAAGAGACAGAUGCAGGUUCAUCAGGAAGCAGCUGCCAGUGUCCUCCAAGCGCGCCACAGAAUGGGAAACACCCCCACCAACGCCUCAAACGCCUGCUGCUUCUGCUGGUGCUGCUGCUGUAGCUGCUCCUGUUUGACUGUUAGGAGUGAGGACGAGACAAUACAGAGGUCCACUUUUGAGCGCAGGACAGAGGGAACCAACAGUUGUGAAGAAAGCCCGAAGCCUACUCUGGAAGACGCUCGCUCCUGGCCCAUGUCGUUUGAAAAGGUGAUGAAGAGUGCAGCGGGCCGCGGCUGCUUCAGGCAGUUCCUGCGGACGGAGUUCAGCGAGGAGAACAUGAUGUUCUGGCUCGCCUGCGAGGAGCUCAAAAAGGAGACCAACAAGACUGUGGUGGAGGAGAAAGUGCGUCAAAUAUACGAGGACUUCAUCUCAAUCCUGUCCCCGAAAGAGGUCAGCUUGGAUUCCCGUGUUCGGGACGUGAUAAACCGCAACAUGCUGGAGCCCACCUCGCACACGUUCGACGACGCGCAGCAGCAGAUCUACACGCUGAUGCAGAGAGACUCAUACCCUCGCUACAUGAACUCUACUGCGUACACAGAUCUGCUGAAGAGCCUAGAGGAGCCUCCCCCCGAGCCAUAGUCCCACCACUGACACACACUUAGCUUUUCAAAAUGGCGCAUGCGUCCCACCCGAAGGAGUUCUGUGUUCCUGCUGGAGUACCGCUAUUUAGAGAAAGACAGACAGGAAAAUGACCACUUCUUAAAACCGGUUGUCACCCAGCUGUUAAGUGCGGUUUAUUUACCCAUGAUUAGUUUACCAAAAUACUCGGAGCAAACAAGAACAAACGGUUCAGCAUCAGUUACUUGUUAGAAAAACAUAUCUAUAUUUUUAUAUAUUCCCUAGCUUGACAUUGCACUUUUCUACCUUGUUUAAUGAGGGAAAGCAUGCAUCUGUGAGCACUGCAUUUGUAUUUAGGUAUAUUGUGAGCCUUAAUGCAUAUCCAGUUCUUAUAGGAACUAAUAGGUUGUAUUUAACAGUAACUUAAGAAGAAGGAAAGUGCCUUGGAAUAAGAUCUUCUACACUAGCACCUUGGUCUAACGUGGAUGGUGCGACAAUGACUUCAUAUGUUGGUGCUUUCAGCUCUUCUCAAAGAAAAGAAGUUUAUACAAGUCGAUGAGCUGAGAACCGGAAAUAGAUCUUGUCUGUGUGUUUCAAUACUGUGAUACUAGUCAUAUUAUAUUUAAUUUAAACAAACUGAAAUACAUGACCCUGACCACUGAUAUAUUUGUGUAUUUUAAAAGAAAUGUGUGCAAAAUAGAUAUUUUAAUUCUCACAAAUUAAAUAAAGCACAAUCGUAUGUUG